UUCCAAUUUAUUUUUUCCAGGUAAGGACAUCUUCCUCUUGACAACCAAUUUAAAAGACACAAGAAUGUUUUGAACAGAGGCUGUAUAUCAUGCUUUAAGGAAAAGCCAUGAUCAAUAUAAUAUUCUCUAACCAUGGCACAGGUAGAGAAACGUGGGGGUUUGCUUCGGAAAUCUUCAGCUUCCAAAAAACCGCUGAAGGAAAAAGUGGUGCUGAUGUAUGAUGAGAUCUUCAUGACAGAGGACCCCAGUAAGUGCAGUCCUCGGUUCUGGGAGGAGCUCUUUCUCAUGAAGGUGAAUUUAGAGUACCUAGAAGGCAAGCUGGAAUCUCUUGAUGGUGAGGAGUUAAUGAAGAUCAAGGACAAUAUUAAUUGCCUAUUCCAACACUGUAUCCAGGCUCUGGGAGAGGAUCAUCCAAUUCGAGUUGUCAAUGCAUUGCAGACCUUGUGUGCACUCAUUCGAGGAGUCCAUCAAAAGAAUAAGUCUACCUCUGGGUUUGACAUUAUCAACAUGCUGAUGGGCUUUGACAAGGCGGAGCUGUGCAUGAAGAACUUGAUGGAGAGUUUGGAUUCAUUGCUUUGUGCAGAAGGUUCUGAAAGUCUGAAGAGUUUAUGUCUGAAACUUCUCCUUUGCUUAGUGACCGUGACGGAUAACAUCAGCCAGAACACUAUUCUUGAGUAUGUAAUGAUCAACAGCAUAUUUGAAGCAAUUUUACAGAUACUUUCACAUCCCCCAAGUCGUAGGGAGCAUGGGUAUGAUGCUGUUGUGCUCUUGGCUUUGCUGGUGAACUAUAGAAAAUAUGAGUCUGUGAAUCCUUAUAUUGUGAAGCUAUCUAUUGUGGAUGAUGAGGCCACACUCAAUGGAAUGGGGCUUGUAAUUGCUCAGGCUUUAUCUGAGUACAACAGGCAGUAUAAAGACAAGGAAGAAGAACACCAAAGUGGUUUUUUCUCUGCUUUAACAAAUAUGGUGGGCAGCAUGUUCAUAGCAGAUGCCCAUGAGAAAAUCUCAGUACAAACCAAUGAGGCCAUUCUUCUGGCACUUUAUGAAGCUGUUCAUUUAAAUCGCAACUUCAUCACAGUAUUAGCUCAGAGCCAUCCAGAAAUGGGCUUGGUGACGACCCCUGUCAGUCCUGCUCCUACAACCCCAGCCACACCACUUGGGACUACACCACCCUCCUCUGAUGUUAUAAGUUCUGUGGAACUCCCACUGGAUGCAGAUGUACAGACCAGUAAUCUACUGAUAACCUUUUUAAAGUAUAGCUCAAUUGUCAUGCAGGACACCAAAGAUGAACACAGGCUUCACAGUGGCAAACUCUGUCUGAUUAUCCUUACAUGUAUUGCAGAGGAUCAGUAUGCCAAUGCAUUUUUGCAUGAUGACAACAUGAAUUUUCGAGUAAACUUACAUAGAAUGCCUAUGAGACACAGGAAGAAGGCAGCAGACAAGAAUCUUCCCUGCCGUCCUUUAGUAUGUGCGGUACUAGACCUGAUGGUAGAGUUUAUUGUAACACACAUGAUGAAGGAGUUUCCUAUGGAUCUCUAUAUCUUUUUUAAAGCCUUGAUAAAUUUGCUGAAGUUCCUUAUGUCAAAUGAGACUGUACUUUUGGCCAAACACAACAUUUUUACAUUAGCCCUUAUGAUUGUGAACCUAUUUAAUAUGUUUAUCACAUAUGGCGACACAUUUCUGCCAACCCCCAGCAGCUAUGAUGAACUUUACUAUGAGAUUAUCCGCAUGCACCAGAGCUUUGACAACCUCUACUCCAUGGUCCUGAGACUUUCUACCAAUGCAGGCCAGUGGAAAGAAGCAGCUAGCAAGGUGACCCAUGCAUUGGUUAAUAUCAGAGCCAUCAUCAACCACUUUAACCCCAAAAUUGAGUCCUACGCUGCUGUGAAUCACAUAUCCCAACUGUCAGAGGAGCAGGUGCUGGAGGUGGUGAGAGCCAACUAUGACACACUCACUUUGAAGCUGCAGGAUGGCCUGGAUCAGUAUGAGCGCUACUCAGAGCAGCACAAGGAAGCUGCCUUCUUCAAAGAGCUGGUUCGAUCCAUUAGCACCAACGUCCGGAGAAACCUGGCCUUCCACACACUCAGCCAGGAAGUCCUGCUCAAGGAGUUCUCCACUAUCUCCUGAGGCCACACCUACCUGAGCAGCCUCUGACUGCCCUUACCCAUGAAUCAUGGGCCGGAGGGGGAGCGAGGGGAGCGGGGCUGCCCCCGAGGUUGGAGAGAAACACAAAUACCAAGUUCUCUUGGUGAAGACCACACUUCAGUGGAGCUCGGACAGCAGGGGCAGGAGGGGCAAGCCAGGGAUAAUCUUAUUUGGGGAGGAAUGGGUGGGCACAGUGGGGAGAGGCCUCCAGGAAUGUAGGGACUUGCAGAGUGGGCUCCCUAAACAGCCCCUCACAUUUCCAAUCUUGAGGUUACAAGCUGUGGCUACUGACUAAUUUUCGGGAGCUGGUGAGACAAGUCUCAGGGUAAUGCCAGCACUCCGAAAGUCAGCGGCUCUACUCGGCUUCUGAAAACAGAUAAACUCUCAGAUAUAGCUGGACCCACAUCCUGCUUCCUUUGGGCCUGGGGCUGUGCUUGGCUUGCAAUUUGUGUUCCCUGCCCCCAUUGGCACUCUGUCCAGUCAUCAGGACCCUUGGCUUGGAUUUAGGGUAGGAUAGGAAUAGGUUACCUUUUUUCUAUUUUCUUUCUUUUUUUUUUUUAGAUAGAGUCUUGCUCUAUUGCCCAGGCUGGAGUGCAGUGGCACAAUCUCAGCCGACUGCAACCUCCACCUCCCAGGUUAGAGCAGUUCUCCUGCCUCAGCCUCCGGAGUAGCUGGGACUACAGGUGUGUGCCACCACUCCCAGCUAAUAUUUUGUAUUUUUAAUAGAGAUAGGGUUUCACUGUGUUAGCCAGGAUGGCCUUGAUCUCCUGACUUCAUGAUCUGCCCGCCUCGGCCUCCCAAAGUGCCGGGAUUACAGGCGUGAGCCACAGCGCCCGCCAUUUUUCCUGUUUUCUGAAUUCAGUGUUGACUCCUCUGGGAAACUGGAGAUGAGAAUCUGCCCGUGCUCUGCUGUCCGGCCACCACUUUCUAAAUUUUAAUUUUGGCACCAGGAGUACUGUUAACUUUCCCCUCCUUCUGACCCAUUGACUCAUCAGCACAAUAGGGUCACAACCUUAACUUUUCAUUUCUAAUCUAGUUUAAUAUGUCUUUAGGGUGUGUAUGAAAUAAACAUUGACAGGUUUUUGGAGCCUUCAAGGUGCCUACUUUGCUGGUUCCCUUUCCAGCAGCUUCCCUGCCUCCCUAGCCCCCACUCCUUUGGCAGCCUCCUGCCUCUGCUGAGCUCCCCUCCACGUGUUCCACCCCCUUACCCUGCUGUUGUUUACAUCCAGCCUCCCUGAGAAUUUCCUCUGGGGAGGAAUCUGUUCCUGUUGUGGUCUAGUGCCUGGGAGGGAGAGAACUUUCUGCAGGUAGGGUGCCCUCCAUCUGAAACAGGCCAGGGGAGCAUAAUGCAUAAGGCCCCCAUUCUGUCCACUCAGAUUCUGGGUGAGGCCACAGGCAAAUCUCUUGACUUUUGGGGAGUCGGCCUGUGGUUCCUCCCUUGGAUAGCCUCCAUGGAACCACUGUAGGCUUUCCCCACAGCUGCCUCUGAAAUAGCUGCUGCUUUGAGAUCCUCCCUUUUUAAACUCUUUCUAAAGCGCUCAGGAUGGCAGGGAGCAAACAGCACUGGUAUAUCCUAGGAGUAAGGGCAGGAAUUCAGCAGUGAGAGCAUGUCAGGGACCACCUGGGCUGCUAUCCGUUUAACCUCAAAUCUCUUUGGGAUACUUGCCCUCCCUAGGAACCAGAGUUCUGGCUCUACUAUUGAGCAGCUAUGCACUAGUUCCAGAGAAUCCACUAAUAGGCUGCCAUGUAUAGAUGUAGGUUCUUAAGAGAUCACAGGCUGUGGGUCAUCUCUGAUCACUGGAUGGAUAGCUCAGCCUGGGGCAUUUAGUGUUUUCCCUGGUGAUAAACCCCAGAGCAGCUAGAUCUGGAGCUGGUGGCAAGUUGAAAUUAUUAAAAAUUGAUUUGUGUGGGACUGUC